CCCGCCACCUGGGUUCCAGCUGGCCAGGCAGGGUGGCUGGCUCGGCGGCCGGCCGGGCAGGGCCCGCUGGGUGCCCGGCGUGCCCGGGCGGGCAGGGUGUGUUUGCGCGACCCCGGGGACGUGUGCACGCACGGUGGUGACAUGCGGGGGGCGGCGAGCGCGCGAGCCCGCGGCCUGGGAUCCCCGCCGCAACGAGGCGUCCCCCGCACAAAGCCCGGAGCGGGCCGCGGCCGGAGCGCGGGGACCCCGGUUGCUUUCCCUUGCCCUGCCCGGGGAAGGCCGCGCGCAAGGAGUGGUCUCACAUCCAGGGGCCAGCGGGGAGCGGCGACCACGGGGCCUGAGAACAGAGCUCUGCCUUCCAGCGACACGGCCUUUGUCCAGGUGAGGAGACACAAGCAGGAGGCGGCAGGGACAGGAAUUGAACGGCAAGCCACCUCCCAGAGCUUGGUGACAUUUGGGGAUGUGGCUGUAGAGUUCUCCCCAGAAGAGUGGGAGUGGCUGGACUCUGCUCAGAGGAGUCUGUACAGGAGUGUGAUGCUGGAAAACUACAGGAGCCUGGUCUCGCUGGGACUUUGUGUUUCUAAGCCCAAAAUGAUCUCCUCAUUGGAACAGAGGAAGGAGCCCUGGGCGGCGAAGAGAACGUUGACAAGAGGCGGAUGUCCAGACUCACGGGCUCUGCCAAAGACUAAGGAGUUAUCUUCAAAGAAGAGCUUCUGUGAAGAAACGUCCUCCCAGGCGGUGCUCAUGGAGAGGCCCACGACCUACAGUCUGGAGUGCUCCGUUCUAGGGGCAGACUGGGGUUACAGUGCUGUGUUGGAGAGGCAUCUGGGCUUGGUGACCAUCACGAACAUGGCCGUAGACGUCUCCCAGCAGCCAGACCCAACUCGGAAGAGUUUCUGUAAGAAUGUCAUGUGGGAGGACCACAAUCUGAGGGCAGUAGGACGUUGUGUGUCUGAGCUAGACUUGGUCUCUUUGCUGGACCUUGGGAAGGAACCCUGGGUGGUGAAAGGAGAGCUGGCAAGAGACCCGUCCCCAGGCCAGCAGUCUGUACGUGAGACCCAGGAGUUAUUUCUGAAGCAGGAUCCAUUGGCUGAAGUGGUAACGGACAGAACUUCAAACCCUAACCUGGAGAGUUCCACUCUCAGAGGAAGCUGGGACGCCGAGGGUCUGUGUGAAAGGAAGCUGGCAGGUCAGAAGACACAAUUCAGGCAGGAGGCAGUCACUCACAGCAAAACCCUCUCUAAGGAAAGAGAGUGUCCGUAUAACAAAUCUGGAAGAUGGUUCCACUUGGACAUUUCAGAAGAGAGAGUUCACCGCUGUGAUUCAGUUAAGAAAACUUUCCCCGCAAGUUCAGUGGUAAUAAAACAUGCAGGAAUCUAUGCAGGAAAAAAACUUUUCAAAUGUAAUGAAUGUAAGAAAACCUUUACCCAGAGCUCAUCCCUCACUGUGCAUCAGAGAAUUCAUACUGGAGAGAAGCCCUAUAAAUGUAAGGAAUGUGGAAAGGCCUUCAGUGACGGCUCAUCCUUUGCCCGACAUCAGAGAUGUCACACCGGCAAGAAGCCCUACGAAUGUAUGGAAUGUGGGAAAGCCUUCAUACAGAACACAUCCCUUAUCCGUCACUGGAGGUAUUAUCACACCGGGGAGAAACCCUUUGACUGCAUCGACUGUGGGAAAGCCUUCAGUGAUCACAUUGGACUCAAUCAGCACAGGAGAAUUCAUACUGGAGAGAAGCCCUACAAAUGUGAUGUGUGUGACAAAGCCUUUAGGUAUGGCUCAUCCCUGACUGUCCAUCAGAGAAUUCACACAGGAGAGAAACCGUACGAAUGUGAGGUGUGUAGAAAAGCCUUUAGCCAUCAUGCCUCACUCACUCAGCACCAAAGGGUGCAUUCUGGAGAGAAGCCUUUUACAUGUAAAGAAUGUGGGAAAGCCUUUAGGCAGAAUAUACACCUUGCUAGCCAUCUGAGGAUUCAUACUGGCGAGAAGCCCUUCGAAUGUGGGGAAUGUGGUAAGUCCUUUAGCAUCAGUUCCCAGCUGGCCACCCAUCAGAGAAUUCAUACCGGAGAGAAGCCCUACGCUUGUAAGGUCUGCAGCAAAGCUUUCACCCAGAAGGCUCACCUGGCGCAGCAUCAGAAAACUCACACAGGAGAGAAACCCUACGAGUGUAAGGAGUGCGGGAAGGCCUUCAGCCAGACCACACACCUUAUUCAACACCAGCGAGUUCACACGGGAGAGAAACCCUAUAAGUGCAUGGAAUGUGGGAAGGCCUUUGGCGACAACUCCUCCUGCACUCAGCACCAGAGGCUUCACACUGGCCAAAGGCCCUACGAAUGUAUUGAAUGUGGGAAGGCCUUCAAGACAAAGUCGUCCCUCAUCUGUCAUCGCAGAAGUCACACUGGGGAGAAACCUUACGAAUGUAGCGUGUGUGGCAAAGCCUUCAGCCAUCGGCAGUCCCUUAGCGUCCAUCAGAGGAUUCACUCUGGAAAGAAACCGUAUGAAUGCAAGGAAUGCAGGAAAACCUUCAUCCAAAUCGGACACCUCAAUCAGCACAAAAGAGUGCACACAGGAGAGAGACCCCACAACCAUAAGAGAAGCAGAAAAGUCUUCAGGCAGAGCACACACUUUGCACAUCAGAGAAUCCACACUGGAGAGCCACCGGCACGCCCCUCUUUACCUGCUACGUCAAAUCCUGUGGAUCUGUUACCCAGGUGUCUCUGGAAUCCACCCUCACUCCCAUCACUAUAGUCCCGAGACAUUGUGACUCAGACCACUCCAGCAGCUUAAAACCUGUUCUCUCUCUCCUUUCUGUCUAUUCUGUUCUUGUCCUGUACAAGUUUGUUCUUCACGUUUUUGCAGUUAGAACGUGAAGAUGUUUGUUUUAAGUGAAAAUAGAAUUCAUUUACUCCUCAUGUAAAUACCUACGUUGAGAUCCUUCAUAUUGAUUAAUGCAUAAGAUGUGUGUAGCACAAUGGCUGGUCCAUACUAAGCGUUCAGUAAUGUUAGCUCUUUUAAAAACAUUGUUUUCAGACAUUGAAAAGUUACCAUAGGCAACUGAAAAUGAUGCAUAGAAUGAAGCUAAGAGAAGCCAGACAUUAGAUCAGAAACAGGCGUUUCAAGACAGUCAGUGAGGCUUUGCCUGCUCUGGUUUAAAACUUGAUUCCAUAAUGUUGAGUUAGUAUUAUAGCUUUUCAUUUAUCUGCAUAAAGUGUAAGGUGCUGUGACCUUGUUGGUGAGAAAAUUACAUCUCACAACAGUCUUAGAAAGUGUGUAGAGAACAUGGCUGAGGAGGCCACCUGGAAGAAAAGAACUGAAACAAUCAGAGGAGAAGACAAGGCUCACCUGCGUACAGUUAAACCUUCUGACAUGUAUUAGAAAAUUUGGCAAGAUUUGAUCAUUUAAAGUCACCUGGGUAGGGCUUCCCUGGUGGCGCAGUGCUUGAGAGUCUGCCUGCCGAUGCAGGGGACACGGGUUCGUGCCCCGGUCCGGGAAGAUCCCACAUGCCGCGGAGCGGCUGGGCCCGUGAGCCAUGGCCGCUGAGCCUGCGCGUCCGGAGCCUGUGCUCCACAACGGGAGAGGCCACAGCAGUGAGAGGCCCGCGUACAGAAAAAAAAAGAAAAGAAAAAAGUCACCUGGGCUUAUGCGUGAAUUCCAUUAAAGUUUCAAAGAACCACUAACCUUGAGGCAGGACUAAUCUUGACUAUGACUCCUGGCCAGAGCCUCAGUGACUGUUUUGUAUGGCCCAUGAUCUGAUUUUUUAAAAUUAUUUUAGUGGAGGAACAAGUGAAAAGAAUAAUAGCUUAAGACAACAUGAAAAUUAUAUGAAAUUUAAAUUUCAGUGUCUGUAAAUAAAGUCUUAUUGGCUCACA